CAGUGUGAGCUAGAGGAAGGACCACAGCAGAGGACAUAAUAAGGAAGGACAUUGCACAGCAGUUUCAGUAAGAGAACAGAGGAAGUGAAAGCUCAGACUGACAGUUUGGGCCAAUGGAGGACAUACAGGUGGAGACGACCAUACUACUCAAUGAUGGCUCAAAAAUGCCACUUCUAGGCCUGGGGACAUGGAAGUCGGACCACAUUUCAAAGACCUCAAUGCAGGGAGCAGUGGAGGCGGCCAUCACAGCAGGAUACCGUCAUAUUGACACUGCGUACUGUUAUGAGAAUGAAGUGGACAUUGGCAAAGCCCUGCAAGCCAAAAUACAACAGGGGAUCAUCCGACGCCAGGAUAUGUUCAUAGUCAGUAAGUUGUGGUGUACACAUUUUGCCCCAGAGGACAUUCCUGUGUGCCUUAAUAAGUCGCUGUCCGAUCUACAGCUUGAUUACCUGGAUCUUUACUUAGUGCAUUUUCCUGUUGGUUUAAAGAAAGUAGGAGAUGAACUUUUCCCCAAGAACAAGGAGGGACAGAUAUUAACUUCUGAUAUAGAUUAUGUGGAUGUGUGGAGAGGGAUGGAGGCACUACAGGCCUCUGGGAAAGUGAAAAGUAUUGGAGUGUCCAACUUUAGCAUCUUGCAGCUGGAGAGACUGUUGGCCCUGUGUAGGGUCACACCGGCCGUCAACCAGGUGGAGCUCCAUCCAUACCUGGUGCAGACUGAACUCAUAGACUUCUGUAAAUCCAAGAACAUAGCUCUGACUGCCUACAGUCCUUUUGGGUCCCCAGGAAGAUCUCCAGAGCUUAUAAAAAAAGAAAAAGACCCAGUUAAUCUUCUAAAUGACCCUGUUGUCGAAAACAUUGCCAAGAAGCAUAGGCGCAGCUCUGCACAGGUUUUGCUGAGGAACCACAUCCAACAGGGCAUAGCAGUCAUCCCCAAAAGUGAAAAGGCCCAUCAUAUCCUCGAGAACACAAAGAUAUUUGAUUUUAGCCUAACAGAGGAAGAUAUGGCAGCUCUCAGAGGCCUUGACCGUGAAUGGAGAGCUUGCGAGCUGCCUGAAAUCAAAUCUCAUCCCUAUUACCCAUUUGUGUGAGGCUUUUUGUUCAUACUAACUCCCAAAACAAAAUGGUGUAUAAACACUAAUAAAA